AUGUUCUGCCGCAAUGGACUUUGUGUAUCUUUGGACACGUGCUUGUGUUCUCCCGGCUGGCUGGGUGAACGCUGUGACGAGCCCGUCUGCAGUGAUGUGGUCAACUGCUCUGGUAAUGGAAGUUGCGUCUCACCUAACCUGUGCGAAAGUCUGGAUGAAUACGACGGCGUCGACUGUUCUAUUAGAAUUGGUUCGAACUAUCACAGCCCAGUGUUUGCAUACAACUGGUACAAUGGCACUGUGCCGGAAAAUGCCCCACCAGGAACUAUUAUCGUGUUUCAAGAGAACAUUACCAUGAUUAACGCGACAGACUUAGAUACAGGGCGAAAUGGCAAACUAGAAUAUACUUUCUCUGGAAGCAACGGAGCGGAGCGGUUCUUCAACAUGGACAGUCAGGGACAGUUAUCAGUGGUAGCCAAACUGGACUAUGACAGUCUUCCGCAGGAGUUCAUUAUGACAGUAGUGGCAUCUGACAAGGGCGUACCGCCCAAGAGUGCUGCUACCAAGGUCGCCAUCAUUGUCCAAGACGUCAACGACAACACACCACUUUUUCAGUUGUUUGGUUUCCCAGAGAUUCCAGUGAAUGCCAGCGGCGAGCUAGGACGCACGGUAGGGCGGUUCCUGGCCACAGACAAAGACAGUGGGUCGUACGGAACGGUUCGACACUCUAUAACCAACGAGAGCAACCCUGAUGCUGUAUUUGCUGUCAAUGAAGACACGGGAGAGCUGAUCGUCGUGCGUUACCCAGCCCAGUAUCGAUAUGACCUUACCAUUUUGGCGGAGGAUGGAGGAGAGCCACCAAAGUCCGCCAUCUUGCCUGUUGUUAUUUCUGUCUACGGACACCUUGUUGAGGAACGAAAUGAUACAGUCGUUGUGAACCCUACGACUAACACCGUAGCACCGGUUUCCACGACCCUUGGGAGUUCUUCAACAACGGGCACCGCGGGUAAAGUGACAAGUGGUGAGACAGUACCAACGCCGAAGACGACGACAACACAAGCGACUGUGGUAAAGUCCCCACAAGAACCAUGGUACCAGACGGUGGGCUUCAAGGCCGGCGCAGGCGCAGUGGGUGGAGUGGUGGCACUGUGCCUUACUGCUGUUAUUGCCUAUCGCUGUUUCUGGGGACAGAAAUAUAAAGUCAGCUCCACGCCAGAGCAUCCCCGUAGAUCGUCGCCCAUGGCCUACACACACCAGAUGACAUCUAUCGGGGCAAACAAAUAUGUCAUGGAAGGAGACAUCGGCAACAUUGAGGACAUUGAUGCCUCGGCGGAUAGUGAGAACGAGACUGACUUCGCUUCAUUUCCACCUGGGAGACAUGCAUUUAGCAAUCAGGCAUUCACUUAGACAUUGUUUUAUUUUCUUAGAUGUUAUAAGCAAUGCUUUUAGAUGCAUGAACUAAAGCCGUAAGUGCUGAUGACGAUAUAUGGGAUAUCUGAUCUGUACCGGCUUUGAUUUUGACAUAUGAAUGUUAGAUGCGCAGAUCCAAGAAAACUAGAAAAAUUAUUUGGAAAAGAAAUACAUGUUUUGAUUAUUCCGGUGCUUCAAGAUAAUAAAAUUGUGACCAAAAAAGAACAAUAAAUUAUAAAAAUGACCAGAAAGGUUUCAAAUAUCAACAUCAAUUAACAAAGAAAUGCAAAGAAGAAGGACAUUGAUAUUUUGAAUAUGUAAUACACAUGCUAUUUUAAUCCUGAGAAAAUAAUGGUUGUCAAAAUUAGGAAUUAUUCUGAUUAUUAAUUGGUCAUAGGAUAUUAAGGAGGAAACACUGCUACUUUAUUGACGGCUUGCUGCAUUGUGAUAUGGUUGGAUCACGGAACAACAAGAAUAAUUCCAUGCGUUAUUAUCAGUUAUAUACGGGACCUGCUGACAUUUAGAAUUUAUAAUUAUAAUUUAUAAUUUUAAUUUAUUGAUAUUGAAAUUUCCCCAAUUUGAAAUUUUCAAAAAGCGUAAAACCCACUGGUACUGUUUUUGUAUCAUAUAACUCGCUGCUUGUUCAGUGAGGUCACACAAUGAAAGUCAUUGGUUGU